GUAGCCCUGGCUGUCCUGGAACUCAUUCUGUAGACCAGGCUGGCCUCAAACUCACAGAGAUCUACCUGCCAACUUUUUUUUAAUGUGUGUGUCGUGGAGGAUGCAUGCAUGUCACAGCACACAUAUGGAGGCCAGAGGACAGCCUGUGGGAGGCAGCUCUCUCCUUUUGACACAGAGGGACCCAGGGCCUGAACUGAGAUCAUCAGGUUUGACAGCAAGCACUUUUACAAGCUGAGCCAUUUCUCCAAGCUUUUGUCUUUUCCUUUAAUUAUUUACUUGAUGUAAUACUGAAAGGCAUUACCUUAAAAAAAUCAAAACCCAUGUGCUUCUUUAUAGAAAUGUAUAGUGCUCCCAAGGGUUUACUUAAAAAUAGGAAAUCAGCAGGUGGAGGUUACUCCUAGGAGAUUGGCCAGAGUCAGACCUGUGAGAGAGGAAGGACCCGGAAGGUAAGGAUAAGAAGGUUGCUUUUAUGAUGGGGUCACACCGCCUAUUCUGCACUGUAUUAGACUUCUUUAGGUUGUGAGGUUAUUCACGUCACACACAGUUUCAUUCAUCUUGUUGUGUUUUAGUCUGUUAUUCCUAUAGACAUACUGUGAUUUCUUUAUCUUUUUCUUUAGGGAAGGAAUUUAGAGCUUGUUUCAGUUCCUUUGUUAUCACACAACUGGAUAGUGCCCCACGGCAUGGUGAACUUGCUGACUGUAACAUGUGCAAAUUCAGUUUUCUUAGAUACAUUUUCAAACCUAGAUUUGCAUCUUGACUGUGCUAUGUGGGAGCUAUAUUUAAAAAGUUCUUUGUCGCUUAAUUUCCUUUCUGAGAAAAUGGUGAGAAUUAAGACAACUUCUAGGAGAGCAAGCAAGCUAAUCCUGAACACAUCAAAUACAGCCAAUCCUGCACACAUCAAAUACAGCUAAUCCUGCACACAUCAAAUAUGUGGAGACAAGACCAGUGCCUGGCAUAAUAUAGAAACUAUGAGCAAGAAUGUCUAGAAACAGUCCUCAGUGUCUAAGGAUAACUUUUGGUUACUAUUUCUCCACCCUUAAAACAUAAACUGUCCCAAAACAUUUUUUGCUUUAAUUGAACCAGUGUUUGUAAUGUUUAAUUUUUAGAUGUAUUUAAUCAUUUCAUGUAUGUGAAUGUCUUGUGUGCAAUAUGCGUCUAUGCACCUAUGUUCAUGCCUGGUGUCUGAGGAGGUCAGAAGAAGACUCUGGAUCCCUUGAGACUGGAGUUACAGACUGUUGUGUGUCACCAUAGGGUACUGUGAGUUGUAUCCAGGUCUUCUGAAAAAGCGGCCCAUGGUUUUAACAGCUGAGCAGAGGCUCCAGACCCCUCAAAAUUAAUUUUAGCAUAGUUAUAGGUUUCACAAAAGGAAGUGUAUACUGCAAUCCAGUUUUCGAAAUCUGGAGGAAUGGUAGACAAAGUCUGCACCCAUGGGUCUGCAUGUGUGAAUGCUAAAUGACAUGAUAAAAUACUGUUAUUAUUCUCCAAUAUUGCAGAACUAGAAUUCACAGCCCGGAUCACUGCUUGUGAGAUCUGAUAAAAUGUAGGAAUUGCUAUCUUCAGAUUGUAAGAACUAAUCAGUUUUGUGUGUUCUGAGCUAGAGCUGGCAGAUACAGUUCUCUUUCUUCAACAAAAAGGCAUUGACCACUCCUUUUUAUGCCCGGUUAAUCUGGCUGCACUCUCCACUACCGAAAGCUUUUCUUCCAUGUCACAAAAGAUGGGGAUUUGGUUAGGAUUUAUUAGAUACUAAUGGAUCAUGUGGCUAAAAUCCCCCCAAAGGCAUUAAACAUUCUAAGAAGGCCAUUGAGAAGUGCAGUGAUUGCGCAGAGUUUGGGGUACUGUAGGUCCAGAGCCUGGUUACAAUUUUGGGGGAAGUAUAUUUAGCCCCCUUAGUAACUAUUCCUUGCCCACUUUUGUCUUUCGCUUAAUGUUCUUGCGAUGAUUGUGUGAAACCUUUUGGGGUACAUUAACUUAAGAGGUGACUGGAUUACAUCAGCCCAGGAGACGAGAAUGUCCACAGACAGCAUCCAAGACCGAGAACAGAGGUGCCCAACUUUACAGUAACUCACUGAGGUUUCUACCAAUACAUUUGGAAAGUGUUGAUUUUCAACUUUCUUGGCUCUAUUACUAUACAACUUCCACGAAAGCGUGGCCACACAGAAGCAUGAGAUUGGGGAAACCAUGCUCCUGGGCCCUGGCUGCUAUUAGUUGGCUCCAGAAUAAAUGAUCUCUUACUGCCUUUGAAGUGAGGGCUGAGUGUCUGGUGCUUUGUUUUCCUCAUCCGACAGUGUCUAUGGAUGGCUCUCAUACAUCCUCUUGUGUGCAUUCUCUAUCUUUCUAUAUUACUCAUAACAGCUCAGGAUGUAAGAGCUAUGAAAACUCUUUUUAUAUGGUAUUGUUUAGAGAAUAAUGAACUAAAGCUUGCACAUGCUCAGUACAGCUCCAACCACGGUGUUCCUCCUUACACAAUCUACCAUUGGCAGACUGCCUUGUGGGCACUUCUGUAGAACCAUUCUCCCAGUUGCCUCUCAUGGGCAGGGAAGACAAAACCAAACAUGAAUAUAUUUUUAUCACAUUUGACGAUUAGCUUAGAGGAAGGAGUGUUUUAAUCUGUAAUUAAGCAUCUCCAAGAAUAAUGGCCAACUCUGUAUCUACUUGAGCGUGUCCCCACCUGACCAGUAACCACAUCACUGGAACUUCUGAUUUUGAACAGAAUGUUUGCCUGAAAGGAAAGAAUGUUAAGGUGAUUCUGUUCCAGGGAGGGGCAAGGAAUGCCAGUGACCAAAGAUGCUUCAUUCUGAGAGGGAGAAAAAACACGGCAACACUAGAGUCUUCCUCGGUCUUACUCAGAUACCUUCAGACUCAGUUACAAUUCCUUUGAAGACAGUUCCUAUGUUAUUUUCAGUGCUUGAUGACAAGCGUCAGACCAAUGACUAUGAGUUUUCCUGGUAGAAGCGUACUGGAAAGGCGUCAGAUCAUGUGCUCUCCAAGAGCUUCGCAUCCACUCACCAAGAGCUCCGCCCUCAACAGAAAAGGGAUAAAGACAGCUUGGUCCUUCCUGGAGCUAUGGAAAACCUCUCAUUCAAUUCUCUUCCAAAUGACCUUGGCCACGGUUCUGAUGGCUCCUGUUCUUGGUGAUUGUGGACCUCCACCCAGUUUACCCUUUGCUUCUCCAAUCAACCAGUUGUAUGGGACAAGCUUCUCCCCUGGAACUAUUCUGAAAUACGCCUGCCGCCAUGGCUUCAGGAAAGUCAAUUCAAGCCUUCUUACUUGUGAUGAAAACGGUUCGUGGAUCUACGCCGUCUUCUGUGUCAAGAAACGGUGCAGAAACCCGGGCGAGUUGGUCAAUGGGAAAGUAGAAAUCACAACUGAUCUUUUCUUGGGUUCGACCGUAGACUUCAGCUGUGGAAAGGGAUACCUUUUGAUGGGCUCAGCAACUAGUCGGUGUGUGGUCCAAGGUAAAGGAGUUGACUGGAGUGAUCCUCUCCCAGAAUGUGUAAUUGUCACGUGUGAGUCCCCUCCAGACAUCAGCAAUGGGAAACACAGCGGCCGAGAUGAAGAUCUUUACACAUAUGGCUCCUCCGUCACCUACAGCUGUGACCCCAACUUCACGCUCCUUGGCAAUGCCUCCAUCGUCUGCACUGUGGUCAACAAAACAGUAGGUGUUUGGAGCCCAAGCCCUCCCGCCUGUCAAAAUGGUUGUACUGACGUACCAGAUAUUCCCUAUGCUUCCUGGGAGGGCAAUAAGUUUCCCUUAAGAAAUUUUGAAAUAUUUGUGAUUGGGACCAAAUUGAAAUACCGGUGCAAGCCUGGCUACCGACCGGUUGUCAUGGAGCCCCAGAUCGUGACAUGUCAAGAGAAUCUGACGUGGACGCCUUCCAAAGGCUGUGAACGAGCAUGCUGCCCGACGCCAAAUAUGAAUAAAAUCAAGAUUGUCAGUGAAAGGAGAGACUUAACCGGCAUGUGCCUCUAUGCCUAUGGAGACUAUGUUUUCUAUAUCUGUGCUGAAGGCUCUUACCCUAUGUCGACUGAUGGGAGGAGUUCGUGUCAAGCGGAUGGAAGGUGGGAACCUGCAAUGCCAUCAUGUCAGGGAGAAAUGCAAAGCCAUGUUGCUGUUACCUCACCAAGCGUAGCAGAAACAGUCACGAAGAGCAAUAAAUAUAUAUCUGAUAAUGAGGAAAGCUCAAGGUACGUUUCUGCUAGAGGUGUGUGCCCUAAACCGGUGAUCACGCAUGGAAGCCUGUCUGUGGAGAAAGAGCACUAUGCUGAGACGGACAACGUCACCAUUCAAUGUGACACUGGAUAUGACUUAGUUGGUUCCUCAAACAUCAUUUGUUCAGAAAACAGAACAUGGUACCCUGGGAUACCCAGCUGUAAGACGGAGGCCUCUGAAGAGUGCAGACAAGUGAAUGAAGGCAAGAAGCUCUUGCAGUGCCUCCCAAGCCCAGAUGAUGUGAAAAAGGCCCUGGAGGUGUACAAGCUGUCUCUGGAGAUCGAACGGUUAGAACAGGAGAAAGGGAAGUGGAUACGAAUCCACAAAAAAACUUCUAAACAUGUUAAAAUUAAGGGGCCCUUUAGGCCUUUUGGUUAAUGCACAGGAUCUCCAUGCAGCAGCUGGACUGGCCCCUAAGUGCUACCACUCCUGUUAUGAAGUUUCUGGGACAGAAGAACUUAGGUGGCUUUUUUCGUUUUGUUUUUGAAGCUACGUCAGUGCUUAUUGGCUAGUUAUUGCGGUUCAGUUGCCUUCUCAGCUCGACUCACGGGAAUGGGUAAAUAUAAACUAUUAAAUGCCAAAUG